UACCAACUUUUUAAAUUAAUUUUUUUAGUACUUUAAUUAAUGUUUUUUUUAAAUUAAAGUUUCAACUUCAAUUAUUAGAAAAAAGUGAAACAUUUUACACAGUUCAAUUAAAGUUUUCUUAUUAUUAAUAAUAAAGGAUUAAACGAUGUACAAGGAUUUAUAAAGCUAGGAAAUUAUAAACAUUAGAAAAGUACAUUGCUUCAGUUUCUAUAUAAUAAUUUCAGAAUAUUUUAUAUUGUACGUUUAAAAAUCCCGCCAUAACGCUCCCAUCUUUUCAAAUAAAAUAAGUAGCACAUAAAUCUUGAUCGUGAAUAGUACUAAUAGUACAACAUGUGGGACGGCUCUUUCAUUGACUGUCACGCGUUGCUAUAUGAUUAUAUUUGUAUAUGUGAUAUUUUUGGCCAAUAUCUGUACUUAUUUUUACAAUUUUAUUAGGUCUAUCAGAAAUAACCAAUCAGAUUAGCAUUCUUUUGGCUAGUCUUCUUAUCGCAAACAAACAGUAAGAGUAGGCUGCGUGUCCCCAUUGGAUCCAGAUAUCACUCAAUGAAAUCGAACAACUUUGAAUAACAGAAGCGUAUGGAGAAGUUGAUGCAAAUAUUCUCCGUAGAAUAGAUCGCUUGUAAAAUAUGAAAUAUAUUUUAGUAACCGGUGGUGUGAUCAGCGGAGUCGGCAAAGGUGUUAUUGCAAGUUCAUUUGGUACUAUACUUAAACAUUGCAAUAUUCAUGUGACAUCUAUCAAGAUAGAUCCUUAUAUAAAUAUCGAUGCCGGCACAUUUUCUCCAUACGAACACGGAGAAGUAUAUGUGUUGGAUGAUGGUGGAGAGGUAGAUCUUGAUUUAGGAAACUAUGAACGUUUCCUAGAUAUUACUUUACACAGAGACAAUAAUAUCACAACAGGUAAAAUUUAUCAACAUGUAAUAUCAAAGGAGAGACAUGGCGAUUACUUGGGAAAAACAGUUCAAGUAAUACCACACAUAACAGAUGCCAUUCAAGAAUGGGUUGAAAGAGUUGCAAAACAAUCUGUAACAAAGGAUGGUGAUAAACCAGAUGUUUGCAUUAUUGAAUUAGGUGGAACCAUAGGAGAUAUUGAAGGAAUGCCUUUUGUAGAAGCUUUUAGGCAAUUUCAAUUUAGAGUAAAAAAAGAAAACUUCUGUUGUGCACAUGUAUCAUUAGUGCCACAACCAAAAUCUACAGGAGAACCAAAAACAAAACCAACUCAAUCCAGUGUGAGAGAAUUACGUGGUUUGGGUUUGUCUCCUGAUCUCAUAGUUUGUAGAUCUGAACUACCAAUAGGUGACUGUGUGAAAGAAAAAAUUUCGAAUUUUUGUCAUGUUGCUCCUGAACAGGUGAUAACAAUACAUGAUUUGUCAUCUAUAUAUCGUGUUCCUUUGUUGAUGGAAUCUCAAGGUGUUAUUGAAUUCCUAAAUGACAGGUUACAAUUGAAUAUUGGAAUGCCACGUCCCCGAUAUUUUAUGCGAAAAUGGAGAGAUUUGGCGGAUCGCACUGAUCAUUUACGAAAAGAAGUAAACAUCGCGUUAGUUGGAAAAUAUACAAAAUUAGAAGACUCCUAUGCAUCAGUUACAAAAGCAUUGCAACAUGCUUGUAUUCAAGUUGGCUACAAACUCAAGUUAACAUAUAUAGAGGCUGAUAAUUUAGAAUACAAUACAAAAGCAAUAGAUCCUGUACUAUACCAUGAAGCCUGGCAUCAACUUUGUAGAAGCAAUGGUGUUAUAGUACCAGGUGGAUUUGGUAAAAGGGGUAUGCUGGGAAAAAUGGAAGCAUGUGGAUGGUGUAGAACAAAUGAUAAACCUUUUCUUGGUAUUUGUUUGGGCCUACAAGUGGCGGUAGUUGAGUUCGCAAGAAAUGUUUUAGGCAUAGAGGAUGCAAAUAGUAUAGAAAUUGAUCCAGAAACUGAUCAUCCCCUCGUUAUAGACAUGCCUGAAUAUAAUCCAGAACAAAUGGGUGGAACCAUGAGGCUCGGAAAAAGAUGCACUCGAUUUACAGAAAAUAAUUCUCUCAUAAAGCAGCUGUAUGGCAAUAAGAAUGUUAUAGAAGAAAGACAUAGGCAUCGAUAUGAAAUUAAUCCAAAGUAUAUCAAUGAUUUAGAAGCAGCUGGAUUGAAAUUCGUAGGUCAUGAUGAGGAAAAUUUACGUAUGGAAAUAGCAGAAUUGGAAGGGCAUAGUUACUAUGUUGCAACGCAAUUCCACCCAGAAUAUUUGUCUAGACCGUUAAAACCUUCACCUCCAUUCUUAGGAUUAAUUUUGGCCAGUGUUGGUAAAUUAAAACAUUACUUAGCCAAAGGUUGUAAACUUUCACCUCAAGUGGUCAGUGAUAAUGAUUCAGAUACCGAAAAUCUAGUUGAUGACGAUGAAACAACAAAUAAUGAGCGAGGCUAGUAUAAGUGAUAGCAUUAUAUUAAUUUGAGUAAUUAAUAAUGAAGUACUAUUAUGUUUAUAUAUGUACGUAUGUUGAUAUUACAAAAUUUUUUUAUUUUAGAACAAAGUUUUGAAUACAUAUUCAAAUAUAUGCGUAAUAAUAUACUAUAUACUUAUACUAUAUAAUUGUACUUUGAUCCUCCCUCAAUCUUGCUUAGAUCUAUGUUCGUAACAUAAAUAACUCAAAUCAUAUCUAAUUAAUUGUUUAUUUAAAAUAAUAUGACGAUAUGUAUGACUUCAAAUAUAUUCUUCGGUUAAUUUUUAAUAUACAUAUGUCUUGAAAAAAAGGUAGAUUCGUGUUUAUAUCCGAAGAAUUUGUUUUUUCUAUUAGUAAGUUUUAUAUAUUUUAUGAUAUAAAGUAUUUUUAUAUUUUAUCUAUGUAUUGACACGAUUACCAGUGGUCGCUGAAAGGAUCGGUUAACGGAGGUUUGGAUACGUGUACAAUAUAUAUUUUGUAAUCAAAAAAAUCCAUAGAUAAUAAUUUAUACUAAAUAAAUGAAAAGCUUAAAUAUUUGCAAAUUUCUGAUAGAUUAGACUUCUACUAUGAACAAGAAUUUUCCAUAAUAAAUAUGAAAUUUAUAAUAAUACUAUUAUUAUUAUUGAUUUAACGUAAAGAAGUCUAUUUCUAGCAUCAAAAUUUUGCUUGAAUUACAAAUUUGAAAAAUCGUAAACAUAUUAUUUCUGUGGUAAAUAUUAAUGAAUGAGAUUCGUUCGUUGAAGUGUUUUUAUUGUUUUUCGUUUCUGUAAUUAUAUUAUUUUAAACUGAUAUUUAAACUAUUAGUUUUUUAUAACCAUCGCAUAUUUCGUUCGCUUCCUUCUCACUUACAUAUAUAGUUUCUAUAAUUCCAGUUAAAAAAUGUAAUUCUAUUACUAUGUACAAUGUAUUUUCGUUAAUUGUUAUAUUUUAAGAGUUUCACUAACAAAAUUAAAGCAUCUUACAUUUUAUGAGAAAAUAAAAUUUUACGUUCUUCAGGAACGUUGGAUACUUUUAUCGCACUUAACUUUUUCGUAGUUUAUAUGUGAAAGUGUAAAAUUAAGUUUAUGGCAACUCUACAAAAUCUUUGUUGUUACAAACUACGUGCUUCAGCUAACUAGUUUUUAUCAAGGACUUAUUGUUACAAAAUCAUAAUCACGACUUUUUGUCUUUAUUUAGCAGCACAUGCGUUCUGCUGAAUACAGUAUAUAAAAUAUACACUGGCAUAUUAUUACAGUAAAACAUUUCCUUUGUAUAAAAAUGAUAUAUAUACAGCACACUCUCACUGUUACACGUAUAGUAUACGAAUAUUAGUUUUGAUAAGAUUAAUGUUAAGUUACAGUAUAGAAUUCGGAUUGUUACACUUCACGAAAGAAAUAAAAUAUCUGUAAAUACAUAAUAAACAAAUGUAAACAAAAUAAAUAUAAAGAAAAAGUAAAAUGCACUUUGGACGGUAAGCAUUACAAAUAAUACUGAGAACACACUUUUCGCAGAAAUAAAGAGAGAAAAAAGUAUUUUACAUGUAAUGAAAUAUUUCUGAAGAUUUAGAAAUAUUUUAUAUAUGUACAAAUAACUUUGUUGUCAUUGAUAGAAAAAUAGCAUAGCCAAUAAAUUUCUAAAGGGGGUUUAAAAUCAGUUGAUUUGUUGAUGUUCUUACGAUUAAUGCUAACAGGUAAAAACUCUGAUAUAACAGAGUAAAAAAGAAACAAAUAACUGUUCUCAUUUUUAAAAUA